AUGGCCAAGGACGAGAACGGCUCGGCCCCGGAUGGUGCCGGCAAGGAGGAGGGGGAGAUAGCGGCGGCGCGCAGCCGCAGCCGCAGCAAAUCCCUAGAAGCCGCGGAGGAGGAGGAGGGGCGUUCGAAGGGGAGGCGACACCGGGGCCACCAUGGCAAGUCAAAGAGGCGUGACGAGGAGGAGGGGAGCGAGAGCUCCGACGAGGACUCGGGGGAGCGGCGUAAGCGGCGGAGGAAGGAGAAGGAGCGGCGGCGGCGGAGGAGGGGGAGCCGCAGCGAGAGCUCGGGGUCGGAGUCGGAGUCAGAGUCUGAGUCGUCCUACUCGAGUUCCAGCGCGGAGUCGGAAAGCGAGUCGGAGGAGGAGGAGGAGAGGCGAAGGAGGCGGCGGCGGAGGAGGAAGGAGAAGGAAGAGGAGGAGAGGAGGAGGAGGAGGAAGGAGAAGGAGAAGAGGAAGAGGAAGGAGAAGGAGAGGGAAAAGGAUAAGAAGAAGAAGAAGAGGAAGGAUGAGAAGAAGGAUUUGGGGAAGAAGGCUGCAGUGACCAACUCGUGGGGCAAGUAUGGCAUCAUCCGUGAGGUUGAUAUGUGGAACAAGCGUCCAGAGUUCACCGCAUGGCUAUUAGAAGUCAAGCAGGUUAAUUUGGAGGCACUGGCUAAUUGGGAAGAAAAACAAAUGUUCAAGGAAUUCAUGGAAGACCACAACACAGCUACAUUCCCAUCAAAAAAAUAUUAUGACUUAGAUGCUUACCAUCAACGGAUGAUGGAGAAAGAAAAAAGGAAUGGUUUAAAGAAUGCGGGUUCGGUAGCAGUCCGUACAGUAUUUAAUGAUGAGGAAGUACGACGGUUAGAACUGUUGCAAGAACGUGAACGCCGAAAGGAGGAAGAAGUGACAGCUCUAAAACGCUCCAUGCAAACUGGAAUGGCUCAAGCGAUGAAGCAGCAGUCCCUUCUACGUGAGGAAAUGAUGUUACAGUACAAGUUGGGCAAUUUCGAGGCCGCAGCUGCAAUCCAGAAAAGGUUGGAUCCUGAUGCUCCCCCUCAAUAG